UGCUUUUUCCAUCCAUUCACGCUGAUUUUGUUUUUUUUUCCCGUUCCUCCACCUGAUCAAAGGUACCAACACUAGAGCAAGCAAUCAUGAACACUCAACAGAUGGAGCAGAUGGGCCAGUUUAAGAUCACAGUCUGGGAGGAGGAGAACUUCCAGGGCAAGCGCUGUGAGUUCAUGCUGGAGUGCCAGAACAUCAUGGAGAGGGGCUUCAACAAGAUCCGCUCCAUCAAGGUGGAGAACGGACCUUGGGUGGGUUUCGAGUACCCAGAGUUCCAGGGGCAGCAGUUCAUCCUGGAGAAGGGAGACUACCCUCGCUACGAGGCCUGGAGCGGAAACAGCAGCUACAGAACCGAGCACAUGCUCUCCUUCAGGCCCAUCAAGUGCGCCAACCACAGCGACAGCAAGGUGACCCUGUACGAGUGCGAGGACUUCCAGGGCCGUAAGUUCGAGAUGUGCGACGACUACCCGUCCCUGCAGGCCAUGGGCUGGUGCAGCAAGGAGGUGCCCUCCAUCAAAGUCAACUCGGGAGCCUGGGUGGCCUACCAGUUCCCUGGUUACCGCGGCUACCAGUACAUCCUGGAGAGAGACAGACGCCAGGGCGAGUACAGGAACUACAACGAGUUCAGCACCCAGGCUCACACCAACCAGGUGCAGUCCAUCCGUAGGAUCCAGCACUAAGCCCUCCUGCAGCCUGCCCGACCCGACCUCUCUCUCUCUCUCUCUCUCUCUCUCUCUCUCUCUCUCUGUCUCUCCCUCUCCCCUCGAAAACCCCCGUUCCUCGACUCGAACCCCCGGACAGACGCCUCUCACACAACAGUAGCCGGAGAAACUCCAUCUACCACUGUGUGGCUCUGCGUGUAUGGAUAUCUACUUCUACUUCUUCUACCAUGCUAAAGCAUGUUCUAGGAAUGGGAAAUAAAGGCUUUUCUUCGAAACUACAGACUCUGUGUCGGGUUUUCUCUUUUUUUUACAUUCUUUUCACGAUCACCAGAAUGAAAUAAACACAGUUAGGGCCGAAGACGUGUAACAUUGUUGGUAUCAGACUGUGAGAAAGUGCACCAGAUCACGUCUGUUUUUAUAUUAUUUCUUUUAUACU